CGCGCGGCCUGGCGGGCGUGUAACGGCCGUUAGGGGAGCUGAGGGACAGAACUGCCGCCCGCGGCUGACGUGGUGGCCGCAGUCGGCGUCCCUGGGUGAGGGAUUUCGCCGUCCGCUUUCGGCCCUACCUGGCUCAAAUAACAGUGUUGAUGGCCAUGCAGGAGAAAUACCCAAGUGAGAGGAUCUCUCAUGCCACUUCACCAGGUUCCGGUGUAAUUCAAAAGGGUAGUUCCCUGGGGACCGAAUGGCAGACCCCAGUUAUCUCAGAGGCUUUUCGGAGUCGCUUCAGCCGCUGUUCAAGUGUAGCUGACAGUGGGGACACAGCCAUUGGCACAUCGUGCUCAGACAUUGCAGAGGAUUUUUGUAGCUCAAGUAGCAGCCCUUCUUUCCAGCCCAUCAAAAGCCACAUAACCAUUCCAACAGCCCAUGUGACACCUUCUACUUUGGGGACCUCUCCUGCCAAGCCAAAUUCUAUACCUGCUGGACUCUCUUCCUCCAAACUCCCUUUGUCAGGGCUGGCUGAAGGUGUGGGGAUGACAAGAAAUGGAGACCUUGGUGCAAUGAAACGUUCUCCAGGCCUGUCUAGAGAUUUCAUGUAUCUUUGUGGUGCUACUGGAGAAAAUGGAAUUGAGCAGUCCUGGUUUCCAGCAGUGGGCCAUGAAAGAGAAGAAGAGGUGAGGAAGUUUGAUAUUCCCAGUAUGGAGUCUACCCUUAAUCAGUCGGCAAUGAUGGAGACACUUUAUUCAGAUCCCCACUACCAAGUCCACUUUCACAACCCACGAGCUGACACAAACAAGGAGUUAUACAAAGUGUUGCCUGAGACCAAGAAGGCACCGGGCAGUGGGGUGGUGUGUGAGCGGAAUGGAUCUCACCCUAACAGCAGUGGAGUGCUCCCUUUGGGACUCCAGCCUGCUCCUGGCUUCUCCAAGCCUCUACCCUCUCAGGUAUGGCAGCCGAACCCUGACCCUUGGCACCCCCGUGAGCGAUCUUGUGAGCUCAGCACUUGUCGGCAGCAGCUGGAGUUGAUCCGUUUACAGAUGGAACAAAUGCAGCUUCAGAAUGGAGCCAUCUGCCACCAUCCUGCUGCUUUUGCUCCAUCACUGCCCACAUUAGAACCAGCACAGUGGAUCAGCAUCUUAAACAGUAAUGAACACCUUCUGAAGGAAAAGGAGCUCCUCAUUGACAAGCAGAGGAAACACAUCUCUCAGCUGGAGCAGAAAGUACGGGAAAGUGAACUGCAAAUCCACAGUGCCCUUUUGGGCCGCCCUGCCCCCUUUGGGGAUGUCUGCUUGCUGAGGCUGCAGGAAUUGCAGCGAGAGAACACGUUCUUACGUGCGCAGUUUGCACAGAAGACAGAAGCCCUGAGCAAAGAAAAGAUUGAGCUUGAAAAGAAACUCUCUGCUUCAGAAGUUGAAAUCCAGCUCAUCAGAGAAUCACUCAAAGUGGCGUUGCAGAAGCAUUCAGAGGAGGGGAAGAAACAGGAAGAAAGGUGGUCUGGAACCAAUGCUGCAGUGUCGCCCAGGUAUGCCUGUAUAUAUAGAAGUGCUACCAGUUUUUUAAAACUGCCCAAGGAGCCCUUCUUCCCUACCCUUGAUUGGAAAGUUCAGGUAAAGGGUCGUGAUAAGCAUAUCAAUAAUUUGAAAAAGAAAUGUCAGAAGGAAUCAGAACAGAACCGGGAGAAGCAGCAGCGUAUUGAGACCUUGGAGCGCUACCUGGCUGACCUGCCCACCCUGGAAGACCAUCAGAAGCAGAGCCAGCAGCUUAAGGAUUCCGAGUUGAGGAGUACAGAGCUGCAGGAGAGAGUGACAGAGCUGGAGAGUUUGCUGGAGGAGACCCAGGCAGCCUGCAGAGAGAAGGAGGUUCAACUGGAAAGCCUGAGACAGAAAGGAGCAGAAUUCUCCAUUAGACAUAGCCUGCAAGAUAAGCAGUGUGUGGAGGAGGCCAGUGGAGAAGGUUCAGCCCAACAGGGAGAAGGUCCAAAAGCGGAAAUGGAGUCCUGGCAGAAAGAAUGUGAUUCCCUCCGAAAGAUUGUGGAGAAGCAACAGCAGAAGAUGGAUCAGCUGCGUUUACAAGUACAGAGCCUAGAGCAAGAAGUGGCUCAGGAAGAAGGAACAAGCCAGGCCCUGAAAGAGGAGGCCCAGCGGAGGGAGACAGCCCUGCAGCAGCUGCGCACAGCCGUGAAAGAGCUUUCAGUGCAGAACCAGGACCUGAUUGAGAAGAAUCUGACACUCCAGGAACACCUGCGCCGGGCCCAGCCAGGGUCCCCGUCUUCACCAGACACAGCCCAGCUGGCAUUUGAGCUGUACCAGGAGUUGGCCAAUUGCCUUCAAGAUCUGCAGGCUGUCUGUAGCAUUGUGACCCAGAGGGCCCAGGGCCAUGACCCCAAUCUCUCUCUGCUCCUGGGCAUUCACUCUGCACAGCACCCGGGGACUCAGCUGGAUUUGCAGAAGCCGGAUGUGAUCAAGAGGAAACUAGAAGAGGUUCAACAGCUGCGCCGUGACAUCGAGGACUUAAGGACCACCAUGUCAGACAGAUAUGCCCAGGAUAUGGGAGAAAACUGUGUCACACAGUGAGGAAUGCUGGGGGUGGCACACGCUCUGUUCCCCCAGGGAAGAUCUGGUCUGCUGAGCACCCAGUCUGGCAGGUCCUGCCCUGACAAUCUCUUGUCUCCUGUCUGCUGCUAUUCCCAGAGAGAAGGGGUAGAGGGGCUUAAGAACCUCCACCGGGGGCCAAGGGCUGAUGAAGGAACUGUGCCUGCCCUUGCCCCACACUGGCUUUGCCUUGUUGGAUUGCAUUUGUCCCGUCAUCCUGAUUUACCCUUUGAGGGUGAGUUACUAAUUAACUUUUGCAGGUUGACUGAUAAGUCCUACAGACUGUUCCAGCCCCAGGCUGAUGGCAAAGGUAAACAGGCUGCUCAAUUCCCUUUUCCAUCCUCUGGGACGGAUUCACAUUCAUUCCCACUCCAUACCUUGGUCCUGCUAAUGCCCAGAGUUCAAGUAGAAGGGCAUGGAAAGGCUGAGUAACAGUCACAGUGGCCAUGUGAGAAUUCUCAGGCCAGUAGGCCAGUCUGCCUGGGAUCUGAGCUGGCUUUCUUGGGUAUUCUUAGGCCUGGUCCCACUGCUGCUUCCUCAGGGCUUUUGUUCUCACAGACGCCUCAGGGUGAUCUGUUUAUUAGCAAAGUACCCACUAGAAUUGGCCUAAAGAUUAUAUCCAGGCUGCCUUCAUCUGUGCUUUCAUGCCAUUUUACAGGAUGCCCCACUCUCCAGCUGCCCUGUCCCUUGGGGCCCUGGUCACGUGGUUAGCACAGCUCCCUUCCCUUUUGUUCUCAGGCCAGGCAAGUAGCCCCCUUGCAAACUCUUCUUUAUGGUUCUGGAUUUGGGCAGGAUUUUCCCGUAGAAUACCACAGGGCAACUAUCAAGCUGCUCACCACCUCCUCCUGGGGCUAAGGGCUGGUGUCCAGCCCUGACUUGUGCCUCUCUUUUGUUUGGGGGCAGGGUCCUUUCUCUUUCUUGCUCUGGGGCUUCUUGAGAGUUCAGAGUACCCAGUAUAGUUUGGUUCUAAGGUAUAGCUUUCCUUAUUUGCUGGGUUUUGUUUGGGGCCUUUAGACCCUACGCUUUCUGGUUUGUCCUGCCUCACUUAAGGAGCAUCUCACAACACAGUUGUUUGUAUCUGGUUAUUGGGCUGACCCCAGGCCUCCACUAGAUCUGGAGCCAGGCCAAGCCAGGACCUUGUAAGGGUGUGGAGGGAGGAGCACAGAGCAGUCCAGGAGCCAGCCACUAUGAGUUUGUUGGUAAGCUUUGAGCCAUCAGAGAAGCGUCCUGAACCUCACUCUUGGGUCUGAAUGAGACUUCUUAAGUGUUUUUACAAUUUUGUGUCUUAUUUAUGGAGUGAUGUAUCCCUUCCAUUCAGAACAGCCCCACCCAGCCAUCCCCUCAGCCUCUGGGCUCCUUCCUGCCUCCUAAAAGCAGAGCUGCCUGGCUGGUCUCCACCCUGUGUUGGGAGCCCAGCCACCAUGCUCACGGGUAUUUUUCCUCAGAGUUUAUAAACAGUUAUUUAUAUGAAUCCUUGUUAUGUCAACUGGUUUGUAUUGCCUAUUUUGAUUACAAAAUAAAAUAUUUAACAAAC